UUUUUUUUUUAUUGUCCUACAUUCUCUGCAUAAAAUUAUCCUUUUCUUUCUUUCUUUCUUUCUUUAUGACCUAUUCUUGGGACCAUAUCAAAAGUCAAGUAAGACAGUUUAGAUCCAACUUACAUUCUAUAUACCCUAUUCAAGUUUGGAAUAUCACCAAAGACUUUACCAUACAUCAAAAUACGCUUUAUUUUCUUUCAAAUAACCGUGAUCCCACCCAAAUCACUCCAACAGCACAACUCCAACUACACAAGAUCAACUUGACACAAUUUGAUACGAUACAAUGUUGCCAACCUACAGGCAUCACCGUGAAAGAUUAUUUAGUGUCAUUACAAUCAUGUCCCAUCUUGAAAAAGGAAUUGGCCAUACCUGAUCUCAAUCUCUUGCCUGAGACUGAUCCACUCUAUCGUCCUAGUAUUUCUAGUUUCGAAUUAAUAGACAACACACUUUUGUUUACUUGGCGAGAAGAACACUACAUAAUUCCUGAUAUAACAGACAAAAUGAUACCCCACUUCAUACCGUCUUUUGGUGAUCGACAUGACAUGAAAUUAGGUCAAGAGAAGAUAGCUUUUAUUCGAAAUAGAGAUAUUUGGAUCACGGAUCUGAAUGGACAAGAGACUCAGCUUACGUUUUGUUCGUCCAAUACACACGAUCCAACACGUCAAUGUGGUACAGCAGAAUACAUGAUGCAGGAAGAAUUCCAUCGAUUGACUGGGUAUUAUUGGAGACCCCAUAAACCAGAAUUUAAGGAGGAUUGUAUACUCUAUCUAGAGACAUCUGAAUUAUCAGUAGAACAAGUGUUUAUUCCAACCUCCUCUGUCUUCAGCAGUAGUCCAUUAUCACCAGGAACAGAUGCAGUACCCGCUAUUCAUACUGAAUCCAUCGAAUCCAUGCGAUAUCCUCGACCAGGAUACCCUAAUGCUACUAGUGAUGUCUGUCUUGUUCAUUUCAGAGUCAAAGAUGGGAAACCAUUGUAUCUAGAACAUACUACCUUAUGGACAUACCAUCAAAUCAAGACUCAAUUCCCAUGGAUGGAAUAUAUUGUGCGGUUUGGUUGGUUACCUGAUGGACAGAGUAUUUGGCUUCAAUUGCUCUCAAGAGAUCAGAAACAAACAGCGCUAGUAAAACUAGUUCUGACAUCACAUGCGAUAGAGAUAUUAUGGCAAGAAACAAAUUCAUCUUGGAUUAAUAUUACAGACGUAUACUACUUUAUGCAGACACUCUCUUCUGUUCACCAUGUCAAGUUGAUCUGGAGCUCAGAAAGAGUGAAUGGCUAUCGGCACUUGUUUCUUGUGGAGAAAUACAGCCAUGAAUCCAACAGUAGAAUCACACAACUCACACAGGGGGAGUGGUGUUGUGUGGAUAGACCUUUGUUUGUGGAUGAAUCACGUCAUCUUGUGUAUUUCUCUGCUAAGAUGCAUACACCCCUUGAAUCCCAUUUCUAUGUUGUCUCCUAUGAUAGACCAGAAUCACCUCGACUUUUGACUCAACUGGGAUUUAGUCAUCAAGUCAGUAUGGAUUCUGCUGAUUAUUUCAUUGAUUGUUUCUCUGCACUCCAUCAUCCUCAAGUCAUUUUGAUUCAAAAGCUAAACCAUACACCUAUCUCAAUAGAGAAAUCAGCUCUGUUGAUGCCUGUUUCCUUUAAGAAACAAGAACCUGUCUAUACAAGACCACCACCCUCACCACCACCUUCUUUUCGAUUUGAAGAUGCUUUUUUAUCGCCUGAGACCCAACUGUUGGACUAUGCACUGAUUUACAACGAUAGAGUGCAUGGUGAGAUGUUUAGUUUUACUACACUGGAUGGCACGCCAUUGUAUGGUUGUCUCUAUAAACCAAGGUAUUAUGAACCAGGUAAAUCUUACCCUACUCUUUUACAUAUCUAUGGUGGACCUAAGACACAACUGGUUCUGAAUGAAUUCAAGUUUCCUCGUUUGAUGCGAUACUUGAUGUCUGUCUAUUUUAACUUUGCUGUGGUGAUUAUUGACAGUAGAGGAUCAAGUGAUCGAGGGCUUCAAUUUGAGUCUCAUCUUCAACAGCGACUUGGCAGAGUGGAACUCAAAGAUCAGAUAGAGGGACUUGAAUUCUUGCACAACACUCAAUUUGGAGCCAUUCAACAAGAAGGUGAACCCUUAAGGCCUGUGAUUGAUAUGAAUCGAGUGGCUAUCACAGGCUGGUCUUAUGGUGGAUAUCUUAGUCUGAUGGGAUUGGCUCAAUACCCUGAUGUGUUUAAGAUGGCUAUUGCAGGUGCACCUGUCACACAAUGGGAGUUGUAUGAUGCUGCUUACACAGAGCGAUAUAUGGGACUACCAGCAGAGAACAAGGAAGACUAUCUUCACAGCAGUGUCCUGAACUAUCUUGAUCAGUUCCCCAACACUGAACACAGACUGCUGAUUGUUCAUGGACUGAUAGAUGAAAAUGUCCAUUUUCGUAAUACAGAACAAUUGGUGGCUCAAUUAGACAAACUCAACAAGCCUUAUCGACUCCAAGUCUAUCCUUCAGAGAAGCAUGGACUUAGACAUGCUAGUGUCAAUGAACACUUUGAGACACUCAUGUAUUAUUGGCUUUCAAAUUAUCUGUAAAGAAUAAAUAAAAAAAAAAGAGCGGAAUUUUUUUAUAUGGUCGAAUCAAGUGUGAUCGUGGAGCAACG